AUGUCAAACCCACUCUUACGGGUCAUACUUUGCGGUAAAACCACUUCGGUAGGCAAAGCAGUAACAGCAGGACUCAAACCUGAAAUAGAGGUUGUCCGAUUCAUAACAUCCCUUGAAAGGCUCCCCAAGCCGAGCGAGGAAAUCAUCGGUACUCAGAAUUUCAAUGUCAAACCCGACGCAGUGAUGUUAGGGGGAGGGUAUGAUGCUUCCGAUGCUCAGAUCCUAGAUGGAGAAAAUAAGAUCCCCAUAUUUCUUGCGGAUAGGACAAAGCCUGCUCCUCCUCUUGCGACUGGGGAAUAUGGCACGGCGAUUCUGAAAAGGGCAAAAUAUGCUUUGUUAGAUUGGGAGAAGGAUACAAAGAGGGAGAGCGGGAGAACCCGAUUUGGUAUUGAUUGUUUGGGAUAG